AUGACUCCUGCAGUCUUUCUGGUUAUCCUAUGGUUGGGAGUGACCUUGGCUGCUCCAACACCUGAUUACAAUUUGGAUGCUGAAUGGGAGGAGUGGAAGAGAAGCAAUGAGAAAACAUAUAGUCCAGAAGAAGAAGAACAGAGGAGAGCAUUGUGGGAAGAAAACGUGAAAAUGAUCAAACAGCACACUGUGGAGAAUGGCCUGUGGAUGAACAACUUCACCAUAGAAAUGAAUCAGUUUUGUGACAUGACUGAUGAAGAAAUGAGAAUGAUGAUAGAUAGUUCAGCCCCGACUCUAAGAAAUGAGAAACGUGUCCAGAAACGCAAUGUUGAAAUUCCCAAAACCUUGGAUUGGAGAAAAGAUGGCUAUGUGACUCCUGUGCGAAGACAGGGAGCAUGUGGUGCAUGUUGGGCUUUUGCUGUGGCUGGUUCCAUAGAAGGACAGCUGUUCAAAAAAACAGGCAAAUUGUCUCCACUGAGCGUUCAGAACCUAGUGGACUGUUCUAGAUCCUUUGGCACUAUGGGAUGUAAAGGAGGCAGGAUUUAUAAUGCCUUCCAAUAUGUGAAGAACAAUGGAGGUCUGGAGGCAGAGGCAACCUACCCAUAUGAAGCAAAGGUAAGAAACUGCAGGUACCGUCCUGAAAAGUCUGUUGUUAAGGUCACUCGCUUUUUGGUUGUCCCAAGGAAUGAAGAAGCCCUAAUCAAUGCUCUAGUAAAUAUUGGACCCAUUGCUGUUGGAAUUGAUGCUCAACAUGAAUCUUUUAAAAAAUAUGCAGGAGGUAUAUAUCAUGAGCCAAACUGCAAACGUGAUUCUCCCAACCAUUCUAUGCUAUUGGUUGGCUUUGGUUAUGAAGGUCAAGAGUCAGAGGGCAGAAAAUAUUGGUUGGUAAAAAACAGCUAUGGUGAACAAUGGGGUGAAAAAGGCUACAUGAAGAUUCCCAGAGGUCAGAACAACUACUGCGGAAUUGCUUCUUAUGCCAUGUAUCCUGUAUUGUGAGCUGCCUGGAGAUAACAGUGUAGGAAAAGGCAACACGUCCAGAACAGACUCAUAGUCCUCAAAGUGGUGACUCUACUGUGUGUAGAAAACACGUGAGUCAUUAGAAAGGCAGGGUAAGAUGUUAGUUCUGUUAUAGUUACUCUAGUAAGACAUGGCUGCUGGUGUAAUUGAUGCUUUGUAUUGGUUUGUAUUAAGAAAUUUUGGAAUCACUUGAUUUUAAGUUUUCAUUGUACCAAACAAUGUUUUAAGCAAUGAAAGUUAAAUUAAAAUGUAGGAUCUACCA